AUGAAGCAGCUUUUAGCACGCUUGCACCUCAAGUUCACUCGUUGGAUCGAACACGAACACAAGACCGUGGCGAAAUUUUUGGUCAAUCGAUACGACGGCAUCAUUUGUCCACCACUCGAUGGUGCCAUGUUUGUUCGACAGGCGAACGACACACGCGCGCAGAAAAAAAUGAAGCGACGAUGUCGUCGUUUGAAGAGCGCGACGUCGAUGCGAAAACUCGUGCACGCGUUGAAGUAUGCGGCGAUUCGCGAUGGGAAGUACGUGAUGACGGAACGCGCGAUUGAAUUGGGGACGCCCAUGACGUGCGGUUUUUGCGGGUGGCGACAUGAGCAUCUCGGGUUUGAGCGAACGUUUGAAUGUCAUGUCUGCGAUUUGAGCAUUGAUCGUGACGUGAACGGUGCUCAAAAUAACGGUCUCCAAGCGCUCGCGGACGGUGGAUUCGGAAGACCGCCCGAGUACUGGAACACACAUGCGUGA